AUGCUCUCCAUGGUUGGAGAGCUCAUUGUACACGUGCUCACUUCGGGAUAUCGAUCGUAUACGUGUUUCCCUUUCAAUAUUGUUUUGUUUUUUGAUCACCGAUCAACUCUCUUCUUCACUUCUUUCAAGGCUGCUAAUAAAUUUUGGGUCACAAGUUUAUUCGUUGGUGUUCCUCGCUUGUUUCUCCAGGUGUUUCACUUGCUGCAAGGUCCCUCCUCCUCUCUCUGGAGAAAGAGGUCGUCGUCCCUCGCUCUUUCCCCCUUCUCUGUCUCUGCCACGAUCAAGAAGAAGAUGUGUUUGUGCUUUCUUACAUCCACCGCCAUCGCGAACUUUUGUGGAAUCCAGCCUCCAUGAACCAUAAUCGACGUCCCAAUCAGCCAUCAAGGAUUGGACCCUGUUGCUCGAUCAGAUAAAGGAUGGAUGUGAUGGACCAGAUCAUAAAUUUCAUUUUUUUUACAGAUGGAGUCAAACAAACUUCAGAUGAUGAAUCAAGAAAGAACAAAGCAGAGCAGUUAAAGCUUUUCAACCUAACUUGCUUUUGUCUGCUCCUCCCUCACUUAAUGAUCAGGUAACGAUUUUCUUCUCUUCUUCUUGUUGCACUGUAGACCCAAAUCCAUAGUGGGCACCCCUGCAUACAUUGCUCCUGAGGUUUCUGUGUACUUUGUGUAUCUGAUUGCUGACAGCUUGAAACUCAGUCAUUUUUUUCAACCGAAAUUUAAAUUAAUGAUUUGUAUCUAACUUUAUAAAAUAAGUGAUGACAUUAAAUAAUAAAGUAAGUGCUAAAAAAAUAAGUGAUUUUUUGUAUCUAACUUUAUAAAAUGAGGCAAAGAUACUCCAUCAAGUGUAGCCCUACGAAUGACACGCCCAACACUCCGAGAACAACAUUCCAUGUUAGAUUGGGAACAGAUAGAAAUAUAGGAAUACAUGGAUUAUUUUCUUCAAAACCUGGACAUUAUCAAUUCCAGAGAGGUACAAUUAACUUCAUUGAGCACUCUUUUUUUUAAACUAAAAUUGUUUUUAAAGCCUAAGUUCGUUUGGUCUGGGAGGUAAUGUUGGCUUUUGAUUAUUGUAAUUGUUUUCAAAUAGUUCAAGAAAAAAAAUGAAAAAUGUUAAAAUUUUCAAUCAUUUCUCUUUUUGACACUCAAAACCAAUCAAUGGACCUAGGGGUGCAUGAAAAGUUUGAGAGAAAACGGAGAAAUGAGCAAGUAUUUUGUAUCUUUUUGAAAGGUAAUAUGUGAUACAUACACCGCACAAGGCGUACCUAUCCCAACAAAGAAACGUGGUUUAGAAUUGAGCAAGAGUACACUUUGCCUCGAGAAGAUGUCAAGUGGCCUUUGGGUUGACAUGUUGGAGGGUACCCUGCUGCUCCUCAGGAAUCGAGGAUUCGAGGAGAGUUGGUUUUCAUACCGAGAUCAGUGCAGACACUACACGACUUUGAGGUGAGUUUCCUCCUAGUAGGAGUGGGUCUACGGUCACAAUGUCGACCCACAAGUAAGAGUGUUGGAUAUAUGAUUGUCUUUGUGAUAAUUAUCUAGUGUUGAUAUGUGAUAUGAUUAUUGUGUCUGAUAUGAUUAUUGUGCUUGAUAUGUUAUUGUGCUUGAUAUGUGCUUGCAGUAGUAUGGGGUGAAAUAGUCCCCGGUUACCGGUUGAAAGAUACCGAAGGGGAGGGUAGCUCCCAGUUACCGGUUGCAAGAUAUCGAAUGGGAGGUUAGUUCCCGGUUACCGGUUGAAAGAUAUCGAAGAGGAGUCCAGCUCCUGGCUAUGCUCGACAGUUACCGGUUGAAAGAUACCGAGGGGGCGAGGAUUAUGCAUUAUUUGGUAUGGGUAUGAUGGGGAACUCACUAAGCUUUGUGCUUACAGUUUUUAGUUUUGGUUUCAGGUACCUCUUCAUCCAAGGGGAAGGAGUCGGCGGGGUAGCAGUGCAUCACACAUAUACACACGACUUUCCGCAUUUGAGAAACCUGGGAUUGUACUCUGACAUUUUAUCAUUUGAAGUCAUGGUUUUCAAGACUUGUGAUUUUUACUUGAUGUUUUGAAACGAUAACAAUGAUGUUUUCCGUGAACUAUUUUAUUAAGUAAUAUGAAAUAAAAAAAAUUGGGUCUCGAUUUUGGGAUGUUACACUAAUAUUAAAAAGACCAUUUACCAUGUAUAUGAUAAGUAAUAUUGAGUUUUUUUUGGUGUGAUAUAGCAUCUUAAAAUGAACAAAAUACUACACUUAUUAUGUUUUACAUGACAAAAGGGUAAAACAGUCUUUUGCUUUUACAGGUUAAUGAAAGUUUAACGAGUUGGAAAAAUAAAUGGCUUGGUGAAGUCGAAAGUGAUUUGUAUGGUGAAAACGCUGGGGAGAUCACAACUUCAUUAUCAGUCAAAGUCGUGGUCCCCUUUUUACACUUAAAGAAGGAUUCCAAUAGGACAAAUGACAAAAUAUUUGGAAAGCAAGUGGUCUACUAAUGGGAAGCAGGAUAUAGAAUGAGCAAAAGAGAUGUCAACAAUGGCGUCCAUUGACAAAAUCAAUAUUGGCAAGGAGACAUGUAACCUGUUUUUCUCUCUCGAGUACAAAUGGUGUUGUUUUUGUUUUGUGGGAGAUUCUAACACAAAAUCAAUUUUGGUAACCUGCAAUGGAUAUGCUAUUUGUUUUUGGUUAGAAAAUCAUUAAGUUUUUGUUUUUUGCAACCUGUUUUCUCUCUCGAGUACAAAUGGUGAUGUUUUUCUUUGGUGCGUGA